AAACAAACAGUAGAAUUUUGUUGACUAGGAAAACAAAGAAACAAACAAGGAAGAACAAAACAACAACAUUGUGACUUGUCAGCUUAGAUUCAAUGCAACCUGAACUGAAACUCUCUGAACAACACUGAAACUUCUGUACCUCAGCAGAUGAAAACUGAAUGGCCAAGAUGAAGUGUGCUGUCGAAGGUGGCUGUCCCACAGACUAUGUAGCUGUUACUGUUUCCAUCGUCUCCUUCAUUAUGCUACUCGUAUGGUCAACAUUUCCCUUCAUAGUUCACAAGGUUCCUCGUACUAAAGGCAGUGGUUUUUGGAUACCUGUAAUUCAAGUUGUUGCCAGCUUCAACCUUCUUCUAUCAAUUAUGAUGUCAAACAAUUUCUUGAAAUUUGAAAAGAGGCAUUGGUGGUAUUCGUGCUACUUGUGGGCAGUUUGGGUUGAAGGUCCACUAGGGUUUGGUUUGCUGUUGAGCUGCCGCAUAACGCAAGCAUUUCAGUUAUAUUUUAUCUUUGUCAAGAGGCGUUUACCACUAAUCAGAUCAUUUUUUUUAAUUCCACUUAUUCUAUUUCCCUGGAUUGUUGGUGCUGCUGUUAUCCAUAUAAAGAAGCCUCUUAAUAAUCGCUGCCACAUGUCGGCUCAGUGGACCAUACCAGUUGCCAUCCUUCAUUCGUUGUAUGUUGCCACUUUGGUUGGGGUAACUGCUGCUGUUCAUCAUAUAGAGUUCAGGUUUGAUGAACUCAGAGACCUCUGGCGGGGAAUACUUGUAUCAUCUAUAUCCAUCGUUGUAUGGAUUACUGCUUACAUACUUAAUGAAAUUCAUGACAAUAUCCGGUGGCUUGAAGUUGUCUCCAGAUUUCUUCUUUUAGUUUUGGCUAGCAUACUCGUUCUGGCUUUCUUUUCAAUAUCAAGUUCACAACCACUGCUCUCGCAAAUCAGCUUGCGGAGAAGAGAAUCCAGAGAAUUUCGCACAAUGGGCCAGGCUUUGGGAAUACCUGAUAGUGGGGUAUUAACACAACGUGAACAGAAUUCGAGGAUAGAUCCUAAUGAACCAUUGGAUAAGCUUCUUUUGAACAAGAAAUUCAGGCAAUCUUUUAUGGCAUUUGCUGAUAGUUGCUUGGCUGGGGAGAGUGUGCACUUCUUUGAUGAGGUGCAUGAGCUAAGUAAAAUAUCGGAAAAUGACUGCGUGAGAAGAAUCUAUAUGGCACGGCAUAUUAUUGAGAAGUACAUAGCUGCAGGUGCAGCUAUGGAGAUAAACAUCUCUCACAGAAGCAAACAGGAAAUUUUGUCAACUUCCGACCUCGCCCGCGCCGAUCUCUUUCAUAAUGCACUUAACGAGAUCGUGCAGCUGAUGAAAACGAACUUGGCAAAAGAUUAUUGGUCAUCGAUGUUCUUCCUGAAGUUCCAAGAGGAAUGUGACAUGAGAUGUAAUGGUUAUGAGCUUGAGCAAAUGACAGGGUGGAACUAUUCUCCAAGGUUGAGUUCGGUGCAUGGUACAGAUGAUCCUUUUCACCAAGAUCAUCUUUUGAAGAACUCGGAAUGUGACAAUGAUACUGACUCGUGACUUGGUAGCGCUUAUCGACCUGCCAAACCGGAUUUACCUUUAUAGAAAAUCACUGAUAUAGUACUUUUUCCUAUAUAUAUUGUUAGUGUCUACAAGUGAGGUGUAUGUAGGAAGGAAAAAAAAAGCAAUUCGAUUUUUGUUUUUAUUUUUUGUUACGAUUUGUAUAGUUAGGUUAGGAUCAUCCGAUCAUGUACAUGUUACCCUUGUUGCUGACACUGAUAGUCUGAUACUGGUUUGAACCCUAAACACAUCUUUGGUCUACCAUUUUAAGCAUACAAAAGACAUCUUGUUGUACUCUCGUUGAAUGCAGCGAACUAAUAAUAACGUCCUUGGUAUUACCGAGUUUAAUUUU